AGAAUCCGGACCUGGGAAAGGGCAAAAGCUCAUGGCCCAGCGCCUCUGGUGCGAACUAGGUCUGAUGCUACUCCAAUCUUGAGAGCGAGUGGAAGCCGCCGUGGCACAAUCACGACAGCCGAGACCGGCCGCCAUGGCUCAGUGGUGUCUGGUCAGACACAAGCGAAGAAGCCCUCGGCACUUGCGCGCUUCUACUCCUGCGCUAAAGGCAUUCUUUUCUCGAGCUUCUUGAACAUAGCCCUGGUCUUUGUACCGGUGGCAUUCGCCGUCCACUUCACGUCCAUGCCGGCUGGCGUGGUCUUCGGCAUGAACGCUGUUGCGAUUAUUCCUCUGGCCGGGCUCCUCAGCCAUGCGACGGAAAGCGUAGCCGGUCGUUGCGGUGACACGGUCGCUGCCCUGAUGAACGUCACCUUUGGAAACGCUGUUGAGCUAAUCAUUUUCAUAAUUGCGCUGGUAAAGAACGAAAUCCGGAUCGUCCAGGCCUCUCUCGUUGGUUCAAUUUUGGUUAACCUCCUGUUGAUCCUGGGGAUGUGCUUCAUCUGGGGCGGUCUGCGCUAUCGCGAGCAGAUUUACAACAGCACCGUAACCCAGAUGAGCGCUUGUUUGCUCACACUGAGUGUGCUGAGCUUGAUGCUUCCAACCGCGUUCCACGCCACGUUCAAAAACGUCAAGGAGGCGGAUAGUAAGGUUCUACCCCUCAGCCGGGGAACCAGUGUCAUCCUGCUCCUUGUUUACUUCCUCUACCUCAUCUUCCAGCUACAAUCGCACUCCUAUCUGUACGCGCCAACGCCAAGGCACGUAAUUGAGCAGGCAACGGCACCCGGCCCUGUAGCUCAUUACUUCAACUCUAGACGUAACUCGUCUUCAUCUCGUGAUGAGAACUCACGACAAGCGCCCCAGGCCAUGUCGAACGAAGAUGGUGGCACAGCUGGAAGACAGGAGAACAGCAGGGGUGUGACCACAACGGAGCACAGCGCCGCUGAAAGGACGACAGCUGUCACAGAUGACACGCUCCACCAGACGCAGGAACUCAAACCUACUAACCACCCUGAGACUGACACGUUCGCUGUCAAUGACGCAAGAGGGCCGGGCCAGCAGGGUGAAACAAACGAUGUUGAGACGUUGCAAGGCCGAGACCAGAAUUCUGGGACCAACGAACAUCAUGGUUCUAGCCUAGCCAGUGACUUGGAGGCACAGCGGGACACGGCCCCUCGCACUGCGCCGUUCUUACUCAGAUCGCUCCGGCCGAUUUCAACUGCUGUUGCCUCCAUGCUGGAGAACACCAACGAAGCAGAGCAACCGGAGAACGGUCCACAAGGACAGUCACUGCGGCGUGUCCAGUCUAUGCCGGUUGCGACCCGGCGCCGCACCUUGCCGGGACUACUGCUGCCGGAACUACCGGCAAUAGUCCCCAUUGUGGUCGACAGCAUACCGGGCACGCCCGUAAAUAGUGAGGAAAAGCCAGAGGCCCAGGAGACUCCGGAGGUGGAAGCCAUGUCACAGAAAGCCGCCAUCAUCCUUCUUCUGGCCUCGACCGGCUUGGUCGCCCUUUGUGCCGAGUUCAUGGUGGACUCCAUUGAUGCAAUCGUCGCCCGGGAUGCAGACGCAACCACAGGCAUCUCCGAAGCCUUCAUCGGUCUAAUCCUCCUCCCCAUUGUAGGCAAUGCAGCCGAACAUAUCACAUCUGUGAGCGUGGCACUCAAGAACAAGAUGGACUUGGCACUAGGCGUGGCGCUGGGCAGCAGUAUCCAGAUUGCGCUGUUUGUGACGCCCGUAGUGGUUAUCUUGGGCUGGAUCAUGGAUCGAGACAUGUCUCUCUACUUUACCCUCUUCGAGACUGUUUGCAUGUCCGUUAGUACCUUCAUCGUGAACUUUCUCGUUAAGGAUGGGAGGAGUAACUACCUCGAGGGAGCACUUUUGGCAUCUGCCUACCUCAUUAUUGCCGUGGCAGCGUUUUACUUGCCAAAUCCAAGGUUGGCUAGCUCUGUAGGGUAA